UUUCUCCUUACUUCCUCAGCUCUGGAGGGCCUCAAUUUUAGGAAGGGUCCUCAGUGUCAACGGCCAGUUUUAUCCGCCUCUCCACCCUUGUUAAUUAACAGAGCUAAAUCAAAGGCUGAAAUAAAUAAGAUCGGCAGACUGUCCUACUGACAAAAGGCCAGCAUGGGAGGGGCUAUGCAAACAGGGAGCUCUGCUGUGCAAUGAUGCUCCCAGUAGUAGGAAAGGAGCGCUUACAGCACGGAGAAGGGAAUACGCCGGGAAUCACUGGAGUCCAAUCUUCACAAUACCGACUCCAUUCCAUGAAAUAAUAUGGCAUCGACGUGUCCGAAGUGCGACAAAACCGUCUAUUUCGGUAGGUCAAAUUUCCGCCACGGUUCUACAUCAAUUACAAAAGCGAUUAACGAAGCUGAGAAGGUGACGUCCCUGGGGAAGGACUGGCACCGGUUCUGCCUGAAGUGUGAACGUUGUAGCAAGACCUUGACAGCGGGGAGCCACGCUGAGCAUGAUGGGAUGCCUUACUGCCACAGACCCUGUUACGCCGCUCUCUUUGGGCCCAAAGGUGUGAAUAUCGGGGGGGCCGGCUCCUAUGUCUAUGACACCCCUGUCAGCUCCGGCCUAAGCAGCCCACCUGAGGAAACUGCCCCCAAACCCCAGGAGAGGAAGGCCUCUGGCCCGCCGAGGGGGCCUGUGAAGGCUGCAAGUAUCACCACAUUCUCCGGAGAGCCGUCUAUAUGCCCCAGGUGCAACAAGAAGGUGUAUUUUGCUGAGAAGGUGACUUCCCUGGGACAGGACUGGCAUCGACCCUGCCUGCGCUGUGAGAGGUGCAGCAAGACCCUAGCGCCAGGAAGCCAUGCGGAGCAUGAUGGGCAACCUUACUGCCACAAGCCAUGCUAUGCUGUCCUCUUCGGACCCAGAGGUGUAAACACCGGGGGUGUGGGAAGCUACAUCUACGAGAAGAUGCCCAGCACUGAAACACACCCAUAGACUUCUGUCUGGGUGCCCCCCCCCCCUUUCUCUGCAUCCUUCCACCAGCCAACCCCAGCCUCCCGGGCCUGUGUAGCACUGCAUCCAGUCAACCCAGCAUAGGGCACCCCCCCCACCCCCAUCAUAAACAUUCAGGACAAAUGCGUAUCUGUAUUUAUUAAAAAAAUAUGUGUUUUGUUUUACCCCACCUCUCUUAGUGCUUCCACAACAUGGGGUGUUAACACAGCAAGGGUGGUGUUGGAAUAUUUUACUUUAAAACGCAGAAAUUCAGAAGAUAGAGCUGUAGGAGACAGGGGAAGUGAGAGCAUUCGAAUAUAUUGUCAUCUCUAUUUUAGGACUUCUAUGUUAUCCGUCUGUGUCGCCCCCAUUUUAAACAGCCCGUCCUCUGAAGUAAAUGCCAGGCAUGUGUCUUUUUUUACAUAAAAUUCUCCUUUUUCUGUUAAUCUUCAAACGUAGGUAUUUUUAGUAGCAAUAGAAGCAAGUAACCAAGGCACUAUAGCGUCCGUGGUGGUGAAUGUGGUUUAUUGGUAUUAUCCCUGGUGAUCACGGUUUAAACACUCGGUUCUGUCCAGUAUGCAAAUCUUUUAGGAAAUGCGUGUCGCUUCUGUUUUCUGGCCUAUAAUAAAUAGAUAAAUUUGUAAAGCC